AUGAGAUGGAAAUAUUCGCAGCAAUACUGGAGCCUGUCGACUGAUCUCCGAUCUUUCAAGGAUCACAAUGCCGCGCAGGUAGAUUUCAUGGUGAUUAACUCUACAGGUCUCCACCUGAUAUCAAAAAAUGAACAGCUUGUCUACCAGGUAUUUCUGCCUUCUUCUGAUUUUCGAGUAUUGAAAUUGGAUGCAGAGGGCCGGCUUCACAUCAAGAGCUAUUCUUCCAACACGAGUUCGUCUUGGACUCUUGUGAAUGAAUUUAUCGCUCCGAGCAAUGACUGUGAGUUGCCAUUUACCUGCAAUGCGCUUGGAGUUUGCAGUGCUUUAUCUGGCGGGUCGAAUUGCACCUGCCCUGCUCGGUUUACAGCAUCUUCGCAUCUGAAAUGCUCGCCAGCAGAUGUCUCUUACAUAGUCGCCUCCUCUGCUUUGUGUCCAAGUGAUCUGAGUACUUCCUACUUGAGCCUGGGAACUGAAAUCAAAUACUUUGCCAACAAGUUCGCAUAUCCGACGAGCAUUGGUAGUGACAUUGAAGCCUGCGAGGAGCUGUGCACUGGCCAAUGUCAUUGUUUAGGUUUCUCCUAUCGAAAUUCAUCUAGAUCCUGUUAUCUAAUCGAGUACUAUCUUGGCUCUUUUUCGAUUUCCAGCACUUCUGAUCCUAUAAACACCAAUGUAUACAUCAAAACGUUUGUUAAUAAUACAUCAGUAUCAUCAGAGAACAUGAGGAAUGCGAGGAAGAAGAACAAUAUGACGAUACUACUUUCCUCAAGUACUGCAGGGUUCGUUCUCAUUGUCAUCACGCUCCUCCUAUUCAUCAGAUUGCAGAGAUCAGAAUCAGACAAAAAGAAAAAUGAAGUAUAUUUUGGAUGGCUGAAAUCGUUGAGUUCAACAUCUAAACCAAGCAAUGAAUUGGAAGAAAUUUCCAUCCCGGGUCUUCCAACAAGAUUCACCUACGACGAGGUAGUGGACACUACCGACGAUUUCCGCACUAAGAUUGGCUCAGGUGGCUUUGGCAACAUCUACAAAGGUGAGCUACCGGACAAGACUCAAGUCGCGAUAAAGAGAAUGAGCGAUACAGCGUCGUCAAUGCAAGGGAAGAAAGAGUAUGUCACUGAGAUCGCAACAAUAGGUAGCAUCCACCACCACAACCUAGUCAGGCUCUAUGGUUUUUGCGCCGAGAAGAAUCACCGAAUUCUGGUCUACGAGUACAUGAACAGAGGAUCUCUAGAUCAGUCCCUGUUCAGGCCUGGCCCUGUCUUAGGUUGGACAGAAAGACUCAACAUUGCGAUAGGCACAGCUCGAGGUUUGGCGUACCUGCACUCUGGCUGCCAGCACAAAAUCGUGCACUGCGACAUAAAGCCUGAAAAUAUACUCCUAGACGAACGUGAAGGAAUCAAGAGGGUAAAAAUCUCUGAUUUCGGACUGGCAAAAUUACUAAGCCGAGAGUCUAUGGAGACAUUUUUCAGUACGAUGAGGGGUACGAGAGGAUACUUGGCGCCAGAGUGGCUAACAAACACCGGCAUAUCGGACAAGUCCGACGUGUACAGCUUCGGCAUGGUGCUGUUGGAGAUCGUAAGGGGCCGAAAGAGUCGGUCGCAGGAUAUCGAAUAUGUAUUGGAGAUGCAUGAGAAAAGGAAGUAUAUGGAGUUACCGGAUGGGAGAUUGGAAGGGAGAGCGACGGCGGCUGAGGUGGAGAGAGUGGUGAAGGUCGCGUUGUGGUGCUUGCAGGAGGAGCCAUGGAUGAGGCCGAGCAUGGGUAGCGUGGUGGCCAUGCUGGAGGGGACGGUGGAGGUGGAGGAGCCUAUGCUGGAGUCUCUGGGGUUCUUAAGGUUGUAUAGCAAAGGGUUUGAAGGGGCCAUGGCCAUGACAAUGGGGUGA